AUGGGAGUCCCCAAGCCUCGCUCUUGGAUUCCAUCAUGGUGUUGCUGGGACAUCGACAACCCGCCAGCGUUGACCAUGAGACUGAACAUUUUGUACGCCUGCGCGGCGGGCUUCACCUCAGCCAACCUCUAUUACAGCUAUCCGAUCUUACAUAUUCUGGCCAAGGACUUCAAUACGUCGCAGGCGGGAGUGGCGAGCAUACCUGCGUUGGCACAAGCAGGAGAUGCCACCGGCCUCCUUUUGAUUCUUCCGCUGGCGGACUUCCUCCCACGGCGGACCUUCACCAUUACCUUGUUGGCCUUAUCGAUGGCAUUUUGGAUUGGUCUCUGCGUGACCACGGAUCUGACUGUCUUCCUGGUACUCACUUAUCUUUCCGCUCUCUUCACAGGUACCACACAAAUCAUGCUCCCCCUGGUGGCUGAGCUGUCCCACCCGGAGAAAAGAGCAUUCAACAUCUCUAUUGUGUCCGCUGGCCCGACCCUUGCCAUUCUGCUGGCACGUAUUUUGUCAGGGAUCGUCGCAAACUAUACGUCCUGGCGGAAUGUGUACUGGCUGGCCCUGGGUUUGCAGUCCAGCGUGCUUUUCGUGCUGUGGCUGUUCAUGCCCGAUUAUCCUGCCAUCAAUCCGACUUCUGUGAAGAAAAUCUUGAAAACUUACCCGAAAAUCCUGUGGACAAUCCUGGCCAUGUAUUGGAAGCACGCGGUUCUGGUACAGGCAGCACUCCUCUCAUACUGCACCUUUUUCUGCGUGUCAUCGUUCUGGACCACUCUCACCUUCUUAUUGAGCGAAGCCCCCUACCGCUAUAGCACCACCAUCAUCGGCCUCUUUGGCUUGGUCGGCGCCGCAACCAUGAUCUUGGGCCCACUCUACAGCACAUUCAUCGUCAAGCCCCUCGGACAGCCUCUCUUUUCUGUAAUCGUCGGAAAAUGUGUGAGCUUGAUUGGAAUCGUAGUCGGGACGUUUGCGGGCAGACACCAUGUCGCAGGCCCGAUCGUCCAGGCUUUGUUGCUCGACGCAGGACUGAUGAUUGUGCAAAUCUCAAACAGGAUGGCCAUCCACCCAUGCGAACCGAGGGGAGGAAACAGAAUCAAUACGGCGUUUGUGAGUGUCCUCUACCUGGGCCAGUUGAGUGGGACCAAGGCGGGAAACCUCAUGUAUGAGAAGCAUGGGGGUUGGCUUGCAAGUGGUGGUCUCAGCAUUGGGGUCAUUGGGUUCAGCUAUGUUAUUGCUCUGCUCAGAGGACCACAUGAGACAGGGUGGAUUGGUUGGAGCGGUGGAUGGAGGCUGAAGCCGCGUGUCACAGAGCCAGGGGAAGAUCCAGAAGCAGCAAGUGGAAAGAAUGUGUCGGAGGUGAAGGAUGGAUGA